CUCAAGACAGACGUGAGCGGAAUAAGAAGUAAGAAAACCCAAGCUCGUCUGAAGAGCAGAGGCAGCUGCACCAAUAUGAGUCUCAGUGAAUCAGACUUCUCAGAGGAUGAGCAAGACGUUGAAGACGGGCAAGAGAAAUGUUGUGGCCAGCCCCUAAGUGAAUUCCAGAUGAGAGAAAGUGGCAGUGAGGUAGAGGAGGCAAAACCCAAGAAGAGGACCAGGCCAGUGAGAUCAAAAGCCAGAAGAACUGCUGCCAAUGUCAGAGAGAGGAAGAGGAUCUUGGACUACAACCAAGCAUUCAAUGCACUGAGGCAGGCACUAAAGCAUGACUUAGGUGGCAAAAGGUUAUCCAAGAUAGCUACGCUAAAGAGGGCAAUCAACAGAAUAUCUACACUCUCCAUGUUCCUUCACUCCAGCCCUCCACAGAAGUGGUCUUGCAGCCAUGCAGAAUGCCGCCUUCAAUACGAUGGGCAAAAGCCGCCAGAAGCUAAGGACAACCCUCAGCGCUAUGUGCUGCCCUCACACUCUCAUCAAACUAUACCUGCAAGUCACGGUUAUGAAGAAGCCUCCCAUUUCCAGCACUGCCACUCUCCUCACUAUACAAGGUUUUCACCAGAGACUUCUUAUAUCCAAUGCCAAUUUGGAAACUCAGCAGAGGAUGAUUUCUUUGCAAACUCUUCACACUGCACACAUGGACGUUACAGCAUUGACAUAAGAGGAACUUGUUAUCCGAGUCACACAGAAAACCUAGUGGAACCAUCUCCAGGAGCUUUUCCGUGGCAGCUGGGUUGUUUACAAGGACCGAGUUACCAGCAUUCUCUUCCCAUUCACUGACCUUGGUGUCCAACAGACUCUUGUCAAUUUGCUGCUCCUACACAGAAAAAAAUUUCAUUUUUAUUUUUUAGAUUCCUUUCAGCCCAAGAUCAAAAUCAUUUGUAACAUCUGUGAUAUGAACUGACUCAUCUCAGGGACAAAAUAAUAUGAUUUAUGAAGUGUUAUUAUGUUCAGCAGCCACUGAUAUUACAUUGCUAGCCAUUUAAGCACUAAAUCAUUUGACGUGUGAAAUACUAUGUAUUUUCUGCUGAGUACCAUACUGUUUGUGUUUUUUACAACACAAAUUUAAUGACAUAUAGGUAUAUGUAAUAUAUAUAUUAUAGCUAUAAAACAAAAAUGGAUACUCUUCAUGCAGAAUUGGGUUCCUGUUUGAUACUGUACUUGACCAUGUGCCACUGUCAUAUUAAUUGUCUUCACUGAGUGUUAUUCUGCUACAGAAGGAAUUGAGGGAACCAAUUGAGGCAGUAAAGGUAUUAUUUUCAAUUAAACAUCCCUUGAAAACAACAUCCAUCAUUAGCAUUAAUAUCCCCAGAAACAUUCCUCAUUUAUUUGUCAGCCCUCAUCCCUUUAUAAUCCUUUUAUUAAUGAGGUUUGUGUAUUUCAGUCCAUUAUUUUACCAUAAAUGUCAUUCAACAAGAGUUGAGUGUUCUUAGACCUUCAUUUUUAUACUGGCCCAUAUGUGAAGGUAUUAGGCAUAACCCUAAACCAUUGUUAGUGUAAGGGGCUGUGUCCAUGGGGCCUUGGUUGCAUUUUUCAAAAACUGGGUACCCAUUUUAUUUAGCUUCACUGCUCCCCUCAUGUGCUGGCGGAUGUUACUAGACCUCAUUUAUCUAUCAGCUAAAAUGAACCGUAUAAUCCAUGGAAAUGUUUUUUCAGCAACUUGGUAUGGGUUGUUUGCUUGUACCUUUAUCCUCCUUAGAGCAUCAGAGCUAAAAUAAAAAUGAAGAAUAUACCAGGUAUUAAUAGAAAGAAAAAUAUUUUAAACAAGCAUUCCAUCUUGUAUUGUAGAACAUGCAGCUCUCCUAUAGGGUUCUACAUAUGUUUUAUUGGCUCAGAUAUAUAUGAAACACCAACGAGGAUCUAAUAUGCUACUUUUGUAUUUCCUAGAACAGAACUGCAUGUACAGGCCAGUGACUGAUAGCUGUGGUACUGUAGCUGCAGCUGAACUAAAACUAACACGUUGCUGCAAAUGAUGUUGAUUUGAACUCACAGGUCUCAAACUGUUGUGGUAUUAUUGGACUUUUAAUUCUUGGCCACUGCAAAUCUAUCAUCCCUGCUCUAGUUCCAAGAUUGUAAUUAUAGUUUAGAGCUAUGGCGCCAUACGCAUAGCCCUGGCCCAUGACAUGUAGACUAUUCACUGUGCUGUUAGUGGUUUGAUUGAUUCCUACAUCCUGGAAUUGUGCACGAUGAACUCAGUGAAACUGAUCUAAUGUGAAAAAUAUGACUUUGUUAUUUGGAAAUAAAGUUUUAUAUUCUGUAAUAGGUUUGCUUUUGGCGUUUUAUUAAUAUACACAGGGACGAAAUCCAUUAUCAAUAUCAAAUCAAUAUAUGCACCAUAUACACCGAUCUCCAGACUUCUGUCUUUCUGGACAACUAAAUAAUGCCCAGUCCUGUCCUGUAUUGUGUGCUUAAUGCAUUGUGCCCUGUUUAUAAAACCUCAGCUUGUUAUGAUUCCUGCUGUCGUGCCCUGUAAACACCUAAGGAGACAUAGUGUAAGAGUGUACCCCUCAGUGCUCACUUACCAGCACUUGCCCCAAGGGGAAUUGUGCAAGAGGAUUAGGCCAGGGGUGUAACUUCAGA